CCCUGAAAGAGGUGAGUCCAACAUAGGGAAGAAGAACCAGAACAAAGUGAAGAAACAACAACAGCAGCAUGGCGGAAGAAACAAUUUCGAUCCCCACAGUUGCAAAUUCGAAAGGGGAUGCAAUUGAAGAAAAAACGUCGGAUGAUUUAAUUAGUGCCUUACCUGAUGAUAUUCUGGGCCACAUCAUUUCCUCACUCCCUUUCGGAUGUGCAGUGAGAGCCAGUCUCCUCUCAACCAGAUGGAGAGGCCUUUGGAAAAAAGCACUCCAAACCACACAGAAAGAUGGGUCUGUGGAAGAAAUUUGUGGGGAAAUUUGUUACCUCCUUGAUGACGCACAUCAACUUGGUCUAUCAACAAGGAGGUAUGAAUUCGAAUCUGAACUGGUACCGCUAAAGAACUGUAGGGGGCUUCGAUUUAACUUUGGCCAGGGUAGUUUCCUCAUAGCCACCAUUGUGCCUAAUGAGGCACUUCAUCUGGAUUUCCACACAGAAAGGGAUGAAUCUCCAAGUGAGAUUGGUGGGCACUUGAAGACUUACCGGUGGUCUACUUCUGUUUUCACACAUCCUCCAUUAACAUCAGUCUCUCCUUCUAACAUGAUCAGGACUCUCCAUUUAAUAUCAGUGACUAAUCUUACUAGUGAGGCAGUUUCCUCUACAAUUUCAAAAUUCCAGUCUCUUGAAAACUUGAUAAUCAAAGGGUGCCCUGGAUUACAUUCCUUACACAUUGAUGCCUCUGAUCGCUUUUCGCACUUGAUGAUUUUUAAUUGUCUCCAUCUGAAGUUUCUCCGCAUUAAUGCUUCUAACCUUGAUAAAUUUCGAUUUCGUGGGCUCUUUCCGAAGUUUACUUGUGCAUCUUCUUUAUGCCUGAAAGAUGCCAUGCUCGACUUUGAAGGAGGCCUAGCCUCUGAUCCCUCGGGUUACUUGGAACUUGUGUCAGCCAUAAAAAAAGUUCAAAUUCUUACUCUACGUAGAUGGACUUUUGAGGAGCAUAUGCCAAUCAAAAUGUUUGGUUACCAAGAGAUCAAUCUGCACACUAGAUUUUCUUCAUGUUUAGAUUAUUUAGAAGAGUUAUGGUGGAUUGAUAAUUCCAUGGAUAAAUAUAACAUUAUUGUUCUGCUCUCCUUCCUCAAGAUGUGUCCUUCUCUGGAAAAUCUUUUCAUAAGUAUUGAUCCUACAGGCUACAGCGGCCGGAGCACAAGCAAACGCUUAAGUGAAGUUCCUCAGCAUACAAGAUUAAAUCACCUUAAGUUCAUUAAAUUGGAAGGAGCGAUGAAGGAGGAGGACAAGAUUUCAUUGGCAGAGAAUUUACUUGAGGUAGUGACUACGGAGCCAUUAGUCAUAGCAAAAUCACAUGACAACCAUUUAUCCAAAUUGGUAAAAGUCGGUCUGCAGGAAAAUAAAUUUCUUUACAAGUUUGUGAAAGUGGAAGAAGGAUACAGUGGUGAGAUAUGCUCUAGGCAUGUUCAUAUGGAUUUGUAAAUACCAAUUUCUUCGCUUUGCAGAAUCAUUAUGUGAAUUUUAUCUUGGUUGAAUGUAAUCUUUUUAAGAUACA